AGGUCAGUGAUCGUUAUGUGCCCGUGAUGUGUUGCUCUGUGUAAUUUCUUGUUUUUAAGGAAAAAAAAUAAUUUAGGCCAAAGGAAAAUAUUUCAGUUAAUUCUGAUUUUAUCUAUGAUGACAACUCCAGAGCUAGAAUUAAUUCAAGUGCAGCUGAAGUCAGCUAUUCAAAAUCAUCAGAUCCUGGUUUCCAAAAUAAAGGCUGACCUACAGAAUGUGGAGCUGAAAACGCAACUUCGUGAUUUACAGAAACAGAUUACAGUUUUAAGUGAAAAACAGAGAAUUAUAGUACAAAGUUUGCGUAAAGAUAUUAUAACAAAGAAAUCACCAGUGUCAUCACAAGUGAAUAUUCAGCCUACUUGCCUCCCACUUGGAGCCACAAGUCUUGCCAUCACAUCAGUGCCGCCUGCAGCACAUACCAUGUCUCAACCUGCUCAUUUAUUACUCCAGCCUGUCAAUCAACUCAUUCCAACUGUAUUUGCUGCUCAGUCUAUUGGUCAACCAAUCUCACCUCAAAUAUGUGCCAUGCCCCAAUUUGUCCAAUCUAUUGGUCAAUUGGUAACAUCAAUACCACAACCAGCUCAUAUAAAUCAACAAAUCUUGCCACAGCCAACAAACAUACAAACAACUCCUGUCAUUCCGAUCCAGCCAGCCAGGAUAUUACCAGCUCCAAUACCUGUCUCUCUUAUUACAACAGCUGUUACCAAUGUGGUUAGCUCAGUAGUAAAGACAGAACUGCAAAUAACAAAUAAAUCUCAGCCAUCAUCACCCUUACGAGUACCUCAGUAUCCUAAGUCAAGGUCAACUUCACAGGGUAGUUCUAAGUCAUCCUCAUCCACAUCAAUACAGAGGCAACCUUCAUCUGAUGAUCUUGGUGAUAGAACUGUUGAUAAAAAACCAACUCCAGAAGAAAAAGAGAAACUGAAUUUUAUGAAUGCAUUAGAACUUAUAACUAGGGAAGCAUUAAAUGAAUUGAAGAAUAAAAGAUAUGAUAGAAGAAGAAGGACAACAGCAAACCCACUGUAUAACUUUGAACCAGAUAUAAGAAAGAGACCAAAUAGUUUAACAUUGAAUUCACUUCCUGGUGCUAAGAGGUCAAGAGGAAGACCCCCUAAACAAAGUCGUACUUCACCGUGUAAUAGUCAUCCUAGUACACCAGAUAGUAACGACAGUUGGACUGGCAUUAAAAAUGGUGUCUUUAAAAAUGGGGCUUCUGAGUUCCAAGAAGUCAGAGACUUGUCUUGUUCCAAAUGUGGCAUGGUUGAUAACCUCAUUCCAUGUGACACUUGUCAUAGAGCUUACCAUAUUCAUUGUGUAGAACCAUCAUUACCCAGCAUUCCAGAGGGAAGAUGGAGUUGUCCUAAAUGUCAUGCCAAUGGAAAAUCUGGUACCUGGUCUGCUGAAACUCUUGCUAUGGUACACAACUUCAUUGCCAACAAAACUGCUAAAGAGGAAGAGAAACGAAAACUUCAAAGAAGAAGUUCUGAUUUACUUGCUGAGAAAAUGAUGAUUGAUAAUAAAACUAAAUCUCUCAAUGAAAGUCUUAUGCAACAACGACAAAGAAAAGAAGAAUUGCUAGAAAGACAUAGAUUAACCCAACAGUCAGUAGAGACAAUGAAGAAUUUCAUCAAAGUUAUACAAGCUUCUUAACAGUAGUCUAAUAUUUCAAAGUUUAGAAUUGUACUGAAACAGUAAUCCAAAAAAAUACAAAUAUGGUAAUUAGGUCCAUGUGUUUAAUGUUUACAUAUAGAAAAUGAUGUGAUUAUUUAUAUAAUGUGUCAGUUAGAAAGACAACAAUCUUCUUAGUACAUUAAAGUGAGGUUAAUAUGAAGAGAAAAGGGUGGAAAUAGAUUUGUUAUUAUUUGUUUUUCUACUUAAUACUUGGUUUUAAAUACUUUAACUGUAUACAGUAGAGAUGAGCAUAAUUUGAUGCAGUAUAAUAUUGAAAGAAACACAAUUAAAAAUUCCAAAAUAUUUUUUUUAACAGUUCAAUUUUGCUCCUAUGCAAAGUACUCUUUUAGACUGGUGAAAGCCUUGAAAAAUUAUUGUCUUCUUUUUUGCGUUUUUGGGUUGAAUCGUGGACAUUUGCCUCAAUUAUCUUUUUAUUAUGUACGCACCCUAUGGGCAUUUUUAUGCUGAUAAAUACGAUCAAAUCUUUGAAUUACUCGUACCUUUUUAAUAACAGUGAUAUAAGAAUCAGUCAAUUAUGGGGAGAAAAAAUGAAAAAAAGAGUGCUUCAUUUAAAAGCAUUUUUAAAAAUUGUUAAAAGAAUUGUAAGAUAAAUUCUGUAUGACAUAAUAUUGAACCAUUUAAAUAUUUUUUAAAGCAGAUAUAAUAGCUUAAAAAGUUCUUUCAAUAAAGUCUACUUAAUUAAAUUAUACAUGAAUCGGGCUAUUAUGAAAUUGAAAGCUUGAAUGUUUCUAUUUGACUGUCUUUUUAGAAUAUGACAUAUGGGAAUAUUAAAGUCAUAUGAAACUUCAAAUUUAAAAAAAAGUUGAAUAUGUUUUAUAUACUUGAAUGGCUAAGUUUGACUCUAAAAAAAGUGAACGUGAUUUUUUUUUAAAAAGAAAAUCCUUUACUUUAUCAAAAUCUUCAUAAAUGUACCAAUAUUGAAGUAUUGACUUCCCAGGCACUAAUUCGCCGAUAUUUUUUCACGUAUGCAGUAACCUUAACUAUGAGACCUCUUGUUAUAACUUCGACCAGUGCAAGUGCGAGGGGAAAAUCGUGAUGAAAGAAUGUAAACAAACGUAGGUAAAUAGUAAUAACAGAUUCUUAAAAGAACAAAUUUAAUACAACAAAUCAUUUAACAACUGUUAAGGAAUAGUUUAAUUAACAAAUGGGAACGCAUUGAAACUACAAAAACAAAUGUCAUGGCUCUUUCAAUUCACUUAUCUGUCACGUUUUCUUCGUGCUCUGUUUUUAUUGUUUAUCAAUGUCCCGAUCCGUUGAACUUCGGCAACAAACUCGAAAGUUUAAAAGCUUGCGAUCAACAACCACUGACUGAAAUAUUAUUUGUCGAUAAUAUGUUAUAGAUGUGCAAUAAAUAUAAAAAAUGUGCAUGCAAGACUUAGUUUAGUAUAUAUGCAGGCAUUGGUUCAAUAAUUUCGAUAACAUUGAAAUUUUAAGAAAUUUGUUUCAUAUGACUUUAAGUAUGUGACAUUGUUCAUCUAUGAAGAUAAUUUAUAUGCAUGUAAAAAAGUUUUAGCUACAUCAUAAUGUUUUACAAUUUACUUAUUGGGAAAUGUAUUUGUUGUUUAAGUUUGAUAUUAAAAGUAAUUGUGAUGUGUACUUGUUCACUGUCAUUUGAUAAUAAUGUAGAAUUCUGUAAAAAAAAAAAACUGUGAUUUUCAAAAUCUUGGCAAUUAGACAUUUGAAUUACUUCGUUUUUGUUCUAGGAUUUCCUUGAUAUUUUUUCUAAAGAUUUGUGUGUGUGUAUGUAUGUGUGUGAAAGAAUCAUUAAUUAUAAGAAAUUAAUUGGAAAUUAAGACUUCAUUUGUGUUCUUUCAUAUCUCUUUCUAUUUAGAAUUCAAUGUACACAUUGAUUUAGAUCAUAAUUGCAUUUUAUCUUUUUCCACUUAUAGAUCCUUAAGUCAGUUUUUAUCAGCAAGAUUAAGAAGGUUUUAUUAGAAAUUGUCUAAUUUGAUGAUGCCUAGUUUUACUUCAUCCCUACACAACAGGUAUAUCCAGAAGUCCUAUGCUAGGUCCUACACAUCUUGUAUAACCCUAUAUCAAAGAUAUAAUGAUUGUAACAUGUUUGUUUUACUAGAUGUUGUGUUCUUAAAUGUCAAACUCUACUAGAAGGUGCUAUUCAGUAUGAUUUGUAAAUAAUUAAUAUGUAAUUUAUUAUAGAGAUAGGUUGUAAUUUAAAAGAGUUAUCAUCCAAUUAUAUUCUCACCAUAUCACAUGUUUUAUUUCUGUUCAAUUUCUUUUUUAUGGUUU